AUGUCUGGGUCUGCCUCCAAAGGCCUCGCUCGCGUUCUACGCCAGGCAAAGAGACCUUCAAUUGCCCGAACACGACCGUCACAAUGCAUCCCCACCUCGUACGAGCCAAUGCGCACUUUCUCCGUCACACCGCGCCGGCGAGAAGAUACUGCAGAACCGCAUCAUAAUGUGAGGUACACGACUGAUAUGUACAAUAUCAAACGGGAUGCGAAGUUCUCGGAAAUCACACCUGAUCACAUCCAAUUCUUCAAAUCGACCUUGGGCGACGACGCGGCUGUUGUGGACGGCGUGACGAAGGAUGCUUCAGAUGACCUUGAAGCCUUCAAUACCGACUGGAUGAAGAAAUACAGAGGACAUACCAAGCUGGUGCUGAAACCAAAGAGCACGGAAGAAGUGAGCAAAGUGUUGAAAUACUGCAACGACAACAAAUUGGCUGUUGUGCCGCAAGGAGGAAAUUCCGGUCUGGUAGGAGGAAGUGUGCCGGUUUUCGAUGAGAUCGUUAUAUCAUUAUCGCGCAUGAACAACAUCCGCAGCUUCGAUGAUGUUAGUGGCAUUCUAGUCGUGGAUGGAGGUGUCAUUCUUGAAGUGGCAGACAACUUCCUUGCCGGGCACAACCACCUAUUCCCUCUAGAUCUGGGCGCCAAAGGAUCGUGCCAGAUUGGCGGUAAUGUAGCCACGAAUGCUGGAGGUCUCAGACUAUUACGCUACGGUUCCUUACACGGCAACGUGCUUGGGCUGGAAGCUGUUCUACCUGAUGGCACUAUUGUGGACGAUUUGUCCAAGCUAAGGAAGAACAACACCGGCUAUGACUUGAAACAGCUGUUCAUCGGUGGAGAGGGCACAAUUGGUAUCAUCACCGGCGUAUCAGUACAAUGUCCGCAACGGUCAAAGGCCGUCAACGUUGCAUAUUUUGGUCUUCCCUCAUUCGAGCAUGUCCAAAAGGCAUUCAAGGAGGCUAAGAUCCAGCUUGGUGAGAUCCUCUCAGCAUUUGAACUUAUGGACUCUCAAAGUCAAGGAUUCGUCCAUCGAGUAACCGGCAACAAAAGGCCGCUCGAGGGAGACCAUCCCUUUUAUUGCUUGAUUGAGACCAGCGGCUCGAAUACAGAGCACGACAACGAAAAGCUGGAGAAGUUCUUGGAAUAUGUCAUGGGCGAAGAAAUCGUCUCUGACGGUGUUCUAGCUCAGGACGAAACCCAAGUCAAAGCCUUGUGGGCCUGGCGAGAAGGCAUCACAGAGGCUAUCGGACACUAUGGCGGCACAUACAAAUACGAUUUGUCAAUACCACUUGCCGAACUUUACAAGCUCGUUGAGGAGACACGAGAAAGACUCACUUCUAUGAAUCUGAUAGGUGACGACGACUCUCAUCCAGCUAUUGGCGUUGUUGGCUACGGCCAUAUGGGCGACUCAAACCUGCAUCUGAACGUCCCUGUACGGAGAUACACGAAAGAGGUCGAGGAAGCGAUUGAACCAUGGGUCUACGAAUGGAUCCAAAAGAGGAAUGGAAGUAUCAGUGCCGAGCACGGUCUUGGUAUUGCGAAGAAAAAGUACAUCGGGUACAGUCGCAGUGAGACCAUGAUCAAACUGAUGAAACAGAUCAAGAAUCUUUACGACCCGAAUGGCAUCAUGAAUCCAUACAAGUAUAUAUAG